AUGACUGUGAGACUUACGUUCGCCGGCCACGCCUACGCCUUUAACGUCGCUACCAACGGCGUUGCUACGACAGUCGUCGCAGCACAGCUACCGUUGCGACGUGUUCACGUUGCGCUACAUGAACCGCUAGUUGGGCCAGCUAUCGCAGACUAUAUCACCUGCCGUCAGGACACUGGAAUAUGGGCUGAUGGAAAACGAGUGGAAUAA